AUGAAACGGGGUGUGCGUCCACAGACGGUGCAGCAAGGACCUGACAAGGCGGCUUGCGAGAGCGCGCCGGCCACGGGCGGCGUGAAGAAGCCGCACCGCUACCGGCCCGGCACGGUGGCCCUGCGCGAGAUCCGCCGCUACCAGAAGUCCACGGAGCUGCUGAUCCGCAAGCUGCCGUUCCAGCGGUUGGUGCGCGAGAUCGCGCAGGACUUCAAGACCGACCUGCGCUUCCAGAGCUCGGCCGACACCAACCUGUGUGCCAUCCACGCCAAGCGCGUCACCAUCAUGCCCAAGGACAUCCAGUUCCCCUACAGAUCAACGGAGAGCUUCCUGGCACGAUAG